CGCACCAUCUACCUCGGCAAAAUCCCUGAGGAAUCCACUCUCCAUGAGGUCUUGGACCUGAUCCGAACAGGCAAUUUAGAAAAUGCAAAAUUGAUUCCUGAAAAGCACUGUGCCUUCAUCACAUUUAUUGAAGCGGAUGCGGCUCAAGUAUUUCAUCGUAAGGCCUCUUUCAAAACACCAUUACGACUCAAAGGUCGAGAGCUCAAAGUUGGCUGGGGGACCCCAUCGAUAUUGAGUCCGAACAUUCAAAAGGCUGUUCAAAAUGAAGGAGCCACUCGAAAUGUAUUUAUCGGCCGAUUGGACUCAAGUUUUACAGAAGAAAUCAUCCACAAGGAUUUGUUGACCUUUGGUGCGGUAGAAGAAGUUAAGAUUGUGCGCGAGAAAAACAUUGCUUUCGCGCACUUUACUCACAUCAAUAAUGCUAUCAAGGCUGUCACCCAGUUACCACUUCAAUCACGGUACGCUGGAAAGGAAAUUAGUUAUGGCAGAGAUCGAUGUGCAAAAUUCGCGACACCUAUACAGCUUCCAACUCUCGAUGGUAUAACCACUACUGAACUAGACCAUCAGAAAUGCAUGGUACCUUUUAGUACUCUGAUUGCAGAAGGCAAACGGACAAUAUAUUUGGGAAAACUUGCACCAGAAACAACAUGUGCCGAUAUAUGCAAUUCAAUUCGUGGGGGCAUCCUAAGCAAGAUCAGAUAUUUAUCUAAAAAGUAUUCGGCAUUUGUGACGUUUGUUGAUCCCAAGGCAGCUCAAAUGUUUUACGAUACUGUUUCUAAGGGAGGUUUCAAGAUCAAAAACCAGAAACCAAAGCUCGGCUGGGGUCCAAAGGCCUUGAAUCUCCCGCUCGAAGUGAUUCAAGCGUUCCGACAAGGAGCGUGCCGCAAUGUGUAUUUGGGCGGUAUUGAAGGCAUUGCAGAUGAAGAAAAACUUCGCGCCGAUUUUUCGGAAUAUGGAGAAAUUGAGCUUAUCAACGUUGUGCCAAGUAAAAACUGUGGAUUUGUCAGCUUUACAGACGUCCUCGCGGCCGUAAAGGCUGUUAAAAAUAUCCCCCUUAAAUCCGAAUAUGCAACCGUUAAGGUUGGUUAUGGCAAAGAUCGUUGUGGCCAACCUCCCAAGGAGGCC